CUAAGAGUUUACUCUGCUGUUCAUUUGUGUAAUCUGUUACAUUUUCCUCCACUUUCCAGCGGAUUUAUAUUUACUUCAGUUUCUUAAGAUUCACCAUGGCUGUCGAGAUGCUAAUCAUGUGUGGAUUAUUUAGCUUAGUUCUGGGAACACAGCAGCAGAUUCCCACGUGCAAAUCUUCACAGUACUUGGAAAAGAAUUUGAAUGUGUGUAGACCCUGCACACAAUGUCCAGUUAACGAAGUGAUCCGUCGACCUUGCGACAAAACUCGGGAUACAGUGUGUGGACCCUUCAUCGAAUUCGAUGAGUUCCAUCAAGCGCCGUUCAUCAACCUGCUUCCAAGCAAGAACAACAUCUCCCAGGAAGUGUUUGUGACCAAUGAAUUAAACAUUGAUGUUAACACGCCGAAUAACGAUCCGUCAGACGUCCGAGGACAGGCACCGAUUACUAUGAAGAAUGGUAAAUGGUACACAUUGGCUAUGGCACUGCUCGGAGUUCUGUCCUUCGUCUCCCUCUUCGUCAUCGUCUACAUCAUCCUCGUCUGUUUCGUCUGCAAGAAACGCCGAGAGGAAAAAGAAAUCAUUUAUGAUCCCGAAAUGUGCAGUCCGGCGCCGUCCCCGAUGCAGACGUAUUAUCCCCCACGCAGUAAGAAGGCGACGUCAGCCGACGUGGAGGAGAGCGACGACAGUGCGAGUGGCGGUCGUAUGGUUGUGUUACCAAACAUCUACAUACCGUUUGCUAGCCAGGAUUGUGACUACGACGCAGAUAACAGCGGACAAACUGUAUCAUCCGGAUCUACAAACUACGUCUAUUUUAAGGCACCAACUUCGUCGUAGUGGGGGAAUUAAGACUGCUUCAUUUGACGUUAAUAUUUGUUAACUCGAGAAAAAAAUCUUCCGUACAGGACCAUCCAAACUUGUACCGGUAUGCAAAGCUCAAAUUGAUAUAAAAACUUUUGAUAUGUGACGAUUUUAUGGAAGUGUAUAAUUAUUUGGUGCUACUAUGGAAAUAAGCUUGUUCAGAAAAUGUUGCCAUGAUCAGAUGAAUGACUGGGGGUGUGCCAGCUACGGACAUCUUGUGGUCACUUCGUAAAAGGAAAGAACGCCUUCUUCAAAAUGACCACAGUUCUUCGAUACCUGACCAAGGGCAAUUCUUCCAGCAAUGAACACCCACUACAAACCCCGGAGAAAGAACGCUCAGCGAUUCCCGGUCAUUCGUGAAGGAGAUGUACUUUUGAUAUGCAAGUGGUCUAUGGUAUCAGAUUCCGGUUGCCGUGCUGGAGGUCCAGGACAAGAUUUUACAGAAAAGUGUCAUGGAUGAUGUACUGAUAUAUGUUUCUGGAGUUCAAUUUUCUAACAUAGAUCCAUAUUAAUAAUGCUACUAAGGUUGAAAUGAUGAAAUAUUUGUGACUUUUAACAAGGACACGAGAUUUGUGUGGUGCUUUCAUAUUUUGGUUUUGAUUACAAUAUUGUGUGUUUAGUGUGCGUUAACAAUUAUUGAAAUCCAGCCGGAUUUUCAUCGACUUCCGAUCGUUUCGGAUAACUUUCCUGAUUUGAUUUAGAUAAAUAUAUUGACCCAAGGGACCAGAAUGUCUCGACUUUGAGAUUCCAAAGAAUGAUAAUGUAUGCUAUGUCUGUGAUUUCUUUAUCGUAUUUAUUGAUUCUUUAUUAUUUUUCUAUUUGAAAAUGAUGCAAACAAUGCAAAAAGUUUGUAAUUAUAAAACAUAAC